AUCGUACUCUGCGCUGCGUGGCUGUGGCCGGGCAUCACGUCACGUGUCAGAGCUCCAGGUCCUGGGCCAAGUUUUUUUUUUCUCUUCUUGUUUUUUUUUUUUUCCUCCUCCCAGUGUCAGAUCAUCCACGGAGCUUCAGCGCAGUAACACACACACACAGAGACGCGCCGCGGCCCGACGCUCCGGUGCGCAUCUCCGCUCCACGCUGCGUAACCAACACCAGAGCGAGGACGGACGGACGGAUGGAUAGACGCGUGGAUGAUAUGGAUACACGUUCCCCCCUUUCACAAACCACUUCAAGUGACUUCUUUGACCGUUUCCAGUGAUUUCUAACGGAUUACAUUUGACAAAGCGAGAGAAGGAGAUUUAUUUUUCAGUCCAGAGGAGCGGAGGAGAAAGGGAAGGAACAGAGGGAAGCUCCGGGCUGCUGAGAAAGGCUGGGUGCACUAGAAAGACGGAAAGUCGCGGAUCAUGCUUAUGGGAACUUCCGAUUCCGUCUCGAUAAGAGUGGCUCUGCCUGACGCUCUAUCAUGACUGAUGGCGAGGGGAGAGCGCGCUUUCAGUACGCAGAGUGCCCGGAGAAGGAGAAGGAGGAGGAGGAGGUGCAGGAGGAGGUGAGGCUCGCCGUGCCGACGGCCUGCAGGGACGACGCCCCGGGUCACGAUGGUGACCCAGGAAGGAGCCGGGACGAGGAGGAGGAGGAGGAGGAGGAAGAGGGCGAGGCGGAGAGGGGCGGGAGGAGCAGCACGGGUCGAGGAGGUGGAGGAGAAUGGAGCCCUGAGGUCCAGGAGAACGAGGAGCCGGAGCCGGAGCUGGAAGUGGAAGUUGGGCCGACGCUCGGAGUUCGAAUCACGGCUCCCAUCCGAGAUCCAGACUGCGUCUCCGAGGAGGAGGAGCAGCAGCCGUACCCGGCUCUGGCCCCCGUGGCCUUCUUCUGCCUCAAGCAGACGACGAAGCCUCGCAACUGGUGUCUCCGCGUCGUCUGUAACCCGUGGUUCGAGCACGUGUCCAUGCUGGUGAUCCUGCUCAACUGUGUGACUCUGGGGAUGUUCCAGCCGUGCGAGGACGUCGCCUGCCAGUCAGAGUGGUGCCGCAUCCUGCAGGUGUUGGACGACUGCAUCUUCGCUUUCUUCGCGGUGGAGAUGGUGAUCAAGAUGGUGGCUCUGGGGAUUUUUGGCCCCAACUGUUACCUCGGUGACAAGUGGAACCAGCUUGACUUUGUGAUCGUCAUGGCCGGGGUGAUGGAGUAUUCUCUGGACGGCCACAACGCCAGCCUCUCAGCCAUCCGUACCGUCCGAGUGCUCAGGCCGCUGAGGGCCAUCAACAGAGUACCGAGUAUGAGGAUCUUGGUGACGCUGCUGCUGGACACCCUCCCCAUGCUGGGAAAUGUUCUCCUCCUCUGCUUCUUUGUCUUUUUUAUCUUCGGCAUUGUGGGAGUCCAGCUCUGGGCGGGACUGCUGCGCAACCGCUGCUUCCUGGAUGCGGACAUCAGAAAAAUGGACAACAGCUCUAUAGAUGCUUACUACAUGACGGAGGAAGGUGAAGACAGCCCGUUCAUCUGCUCCACUCCUCAUGAGAACGGGAUGCUACGCUGCAGCGAUGUGCCCCCCUACACCGAGGGCGGGGCCGAGUGCUCAUUGGCCUACUCCCAGCAGAGCUUGGUGGGUGGGGCCAGCGUCAACGGCUGCGUUAACUGGAAUCAGUACUACACCGUCUGCCGGCCCGGGGACCACAACCCUCACAAAGGAGCUGUCAACUUUGACAACAUCGGCUACGCUUGGAUAGCCAUAUUCCAGGUCAUCACGCUGGAAGGAUGGGUCGAUAUCAUGUACUAUGUCAUGGAUGCUCACUCCUUCUACAAUUUUAUAUAUUUUAUACUGCUCAUUAUAGUGGGCUCUUUCUUCAUGAUCAACUUGUGCCUCGUGGUCAUCGCCACCCAGUUCUCCGAGACGAAGCAGAGGGAGAACGCCCUGAUGAGGGAGCAGCGAGCUCGCUACAUGUCCAACGACUCCACGCUGGCCAGCUACAGCGAGCCGGGCUCGUGUUACGAGGAGAUGCUCCGCUACAUCAGCCACCUCUACCGCAAGUUAACGCGCAGGCUGCAGAGGAUAUACUCCGGGUGGCACAGUAAACGGCGUAAAAAGGUGAAUCCUAACGGCAGCGGGGGAGGCAGUAACGGUGGAAGCUCCAGCAGGGGCUGCGGGAGCUCGGGCCCGGCCAACACCCUGUGGCUGAGGCCCAUCCACAACCUCCUGCAGCACCAUCAGCACCAGCACUGUCGCCUCAGCAACGGCGGGCAGCACACCCUGAGCGUGGCGUCCGCCGAGCACACGGACAGAGACAACGGGCAUAACGGGGGAGGAGGAGGGGAGGAGGUGGAGAUGAAGUCGCUUCCUCUCCGGAGAGGGAACGGGGGCGGCGACAACCCGGCCGCCGCCACCGCCGCCGCGCAGGGCAUGGGGGCGUUCCUGGGGCGGCUCAACGGGGGGAUGAACUACCCCACCAUCCUGCCGUCGUUUGUGUGCAGCUACAGCAGCAAGACGCCGCCCCCCCACUCAAAGCAGCCCAGCCCAGAGCAGCAUCCACACAACCACCCGGCGUCUGAGCACACGGAGACUCUGAACAAGCUUUACCACCUCAUGGGACAGCACAGUCGCCAGAGGCUGCUGUACCAGCUGGCGGGCGUGGUGCCCAGCCCUCUGCUCCUGGAGCUGCUCAGCUGCCCUCUCUGCGCCCGCAGCCUGGAGACGCUGGAGCUGGAGCUGGGAGACCUGGAGGGAGGCAAGGUCGAGGCCGACAGACUGCACGACUUCCCCCAGGUCAGACUGGAUGGUGGUGCGCUAAUGAGGAGACAUGGGGGAGAUCUGAGAGGAGGCCGAGGUCGGAGCAGACGGCGCCGGGCGGUGGAGUAUAAGAACGGAGCCGUCCGGGCCUGGAUGAGCUUCAGGGACAAACUCAAGAGGAUCGUGGAGAGUAAAUACUUCAACCGAGGGAUCAUGAUCGCCAUCCUGGUCAACACCCUCAGCAUGGGCAUCGAGUACCACGAGCAGCCCGAGGAGCUGACGGACGUGUUAGAGAUCAGCAACAUCGUCUUCACCAGCAUGUUUGUCCUGGAGAUGGGCUUCAUGCUGCUCGCCUUCGGCCUCUUCGGGUACAUCAGGAACCCUUACAACAUCUUCGACAGCAUCAUCGUCAUCAUCAGUGUGUGGGAGAUCAUCGGCCAGUCUGACGGCGGACUCUCCGUGCUCCGGACGUUCCGCCUGCUGCGGGUCCUGAAGCUGGUUCGCUUCCUUCCCGCCCUGCGGAGACAGCUGGUGGUGCUCAUGAAGACCAUGGACAACGUGGCCACCUUCUGCAUGCUGCUGAUGCUCUUCAUCUUCACCUUCAGUAUCCUGGGAAUGCAUCUGUUCGGUUGUAAGUUCAGUCUUCGGACGGAGAACGGAGACACCAUCCCCGACCGCAAGAAUUUUGACUCUCUGCUCUGGGCCAUCGUCACCGUGUUCCAGAUCCUCACCCAGGAGGACUGGAACGUGGUGCUGUAUAACGGCAUGGCCUCCACCUCUCCGUGGGCGGCUCUCUACUUUGUUGCUCUCAUGACAUUUGGCAACUACGUGCUCUUCAACUUAUUGGUAGCCAUCUUGGUGGAAGGCUUCCAGGCCGAGGGCGACGCUAAUCGAUCAGAAUCAGACGACGAGAAGAAAUCAGACAACUUUGAGGAGGACGAGAAGGUGGAGCAGCUCAGAGACACGGAGCUGAAGAUGUACUCUCUGAUGAUGACGGCCAACGGACACAUCGACCCCCGCGGCUCCAUGGCUCCUCCGAUAAUCAUGCGCACGGCCGCCACACCCAUGCCCACCCCCAAGAGCUCCCUGGGACCCGAGUCCGUCUUAGAGGACGAGCUGAAGUUCAGAGAGGAGGUCCCUCAGUACGGCGAGGGGGGGCUGGGGCUCUCUGAGGCCGGACUCGGCCAUGCGGACUCUCGCCGUGGGAGCUCGGCAUCCAUGGACCCUUCAGCCUACGACCAGCGCUCUCUGAGCCUCUCCAGUCCCGGCCGCCGCUCCCCUCUCCUCCCCCGUGGCUCUGGCAGCUCGUGGGGGAGCCGCCGCUCCAGCUGGAACAGUCUGGGGAGAGCGCCGAGCCUCAAGAGGCGGGACACCAGCGGCGAGAGGGAGAGCCUGCUGUCGGGGGAGGGCGGGGAGGAGGAGGACGGCGGCGCUGGCGGCGGCAGCGAGGAUAAGGGGGAGGCCGGAGGGAGCGGCAGGCUGAGGCCGGCGUCCCUGGAGCUGCUGCAGGCGUCCACGCUCUGCCCGUCCAUAAUAGCCGAGUACAGCGACUGCAACGGGAGGACGGUGACCUACGACCCCAACAUGAACUCAGACCUCAAGGAAGACUCGUCUCCUGAGGACGACCUGGACGAUGAUAGUUCCUUCUGUUACUGGAUGAAGAAGGAGCUCAGGAACCUGAAGCCGCGCUGGUGCAAGGAGCACGAAGACUGCUCGCUUUACUUCUUUGCACCAGAAAACCCAAUCCGUGUGUGGUGCCAAAGAGUGAUCUCUCACAAAAUCUUCGACCAUGUGGUUCUGGUUUUCAUCUUCCUUAACUGCAUCACCAUCGCUCUGGAAAGACCCAAUAUUCCCUCUGAGAGCAAGGAGCGAGUGUUUCUCAGUGUGUCCAACUAUGUCUUCACUGUGAUCUUCCUGGCGGAGAUGGCCAUUAAGGUUGUAGCUCUCGGUUUCUGCUUUGGGAAGCAGAGCUACCUUCAGUCCAGCUGGAACGUCCUGGACGGGGUGUUGGUGUUCGUGUCUCUGGUUGACAUCCUGGUGUCUCUGGCGUCCUCGCAUGGAAACAGGAUCCUGGGAAUCCUCCGAGUCCUUCGGCUGCUACGAACGCUUCGCCCACUCAGGGUGAUCAGCCGAGCGCCGGGGUUGAAGCUGGUUGUAGAGACUCUCAUCACGUCUCUCAGACCGAUCGGGAACAUUGUGUUGAUCUGCUGCGCCUUCUUCAUUGUCUUUGGCAUCUUGGGGGUCCAGCUGUUCAAAGGGAAGUUCUACCACUGUGAGGGCCUGGACACCAAGAACAUCACCAACAAGUCCGAGUGUCUGCAGGCCAACUACCGCUGGAUACGACGGAAGUACAACUUUGACAACUUGAUUCAGGCUCUGAUGUCUUUGUUCGUGCUGUCGUGUAAGGACGGCUGGGUCAACAUCAUGUAUGACGGACUGGACGCGGUGGGAGUUGACCAGCAGCCCGUCAGGAACCACAACCCCUGGAUGCUGCUCUACUUCAUCUCCUUCCUGCUCAUCGUCAGCUUCUUCGUGCUGAACAUGUUCGUCGGCGUGGUGGUGGAGAACUUCCACAAGUGCCGACAGGACCAGGAGGAGGAGGAGGCCCGCCUACGGGAAGAGAAGAGGCUCAAAAUGAUAGAGAAAAAGCGCAGGAGUAAGGAGAAUGGAGGGGCUGAGGCCAAACAGAGGCCGUACUAUGCCGACUACUCCCCCGUGCGCCUGUCCAUCCACACACUGUGUACCAGCCACUACCUGGACCUCUUCAUCACCUUCAUCAUCUGCGUCAACGUCUUCACCAUGAGCAUCGAGCACUACAAGCAGCCAUCGUAUUUAGAUGAGAUCCUGAAAUACUGUAACUACGUGUUCACCAUCAUCUUCGUCAUCGAGGCUCUGCUCAAACUGGUGGCGUUCGGCAUUCACAGGUUCUUCAAAGACAGGUGGAACCAGCUGGAUGUAGCUAUAGUGGCCUUGUCCAUCAUGGGCAUCACGCUGGAGGAGCUGGAGAUGAAGGCGGCUCUGCCCAUAAACCCAACCAUCAUGAGGAUCAUGAGAGUGCUGAGGAUAGCGCGAGUGCUGAAGCUUCUGAAGAUGGCCAAAGGGAUGAGAGCUCUGCUGGAUACGGUCAUGCAGGCGCUGCCGCAGGUGGGAAACCUUGGUCUCCUCUUCAUGCUGCUCUUCUUCAUCUACGCUGCUCUGGGAGUGGAGCUCUUUGGCAAACUGGAGUGCAACGACAACAACCCGUGUGAAGGUCUGAGUCGUCACGCAACCUUCGACAACUUUGGGAUGGCCUUCCUCACUCUGUUCCGCGUGUCCACCGGAGACAACUGGAACGGGAUUAUGAAAGACACGCUGAGGGAGUGUCAAAUAACCGAGAUCCACUGUCUCACCUACCUGCCCUGGGUCUCUCCCAUCUACUUCGUCACCUUCGUGCUCAUGGCCCAGUUUGUUCUGGUCAAUGUGGUGGUGGCUGUGCUCAUGAAACAUCUGGAGGAGAGCAACAAGGAGGCUAAAGAGGACGCAGAGAUGGACGCAGAGAUCGCCUUGGAAAUGGCCAUGGAGAGAGAGCGCAGACAAAGCACAACUUCCAACAACAGCUCGGUGGGAGGCACAUACGUUGGCCCGUGUCCACAUUCACCUGGACAGGAGGAAGACGAGCAGUACGACAACCUGCUGUCCUCCAGGAAGAUGUCUGUAUCCAGGAUGCACUCUCUGCCCAAUGACAGCUACAUGUUCCGGCCGGUGCGGCCCGCCAGCGCCCCCUACCCCCUGGAGGAGGUAGAACUCAGCCCCCAGCAUCAGCAUUCAGUCUCGGUGAUGUCGGUCCACUCCCAGCCCUGCGAGAGCCGCUCUCUGCUGCAGGUUCCUGACGCGUCCCCCGUCCACUCUCAGCUACCUCCCGUCCUCACCCUGCCCCGCAUCGCCCCGCCAACGCCCAGCCCUUCGCCACGGGCCCUGCACAGACAGGUGGCGGUUAAACUGGACUCUGUGGAGUCUCAGGGUUCUGAGCAUCAGGACCGGUCCAGCUCCGUCCGCUCGCCUUCUCCUCUCUCUCCUUUGCCUCCUCUUCCCUUCUCCCCCUCAGCCCUCUCCCUCCCCCCGUGCUCCCCCUCCGCCUUCCCGCUCCCCCCUCCCUCCCCUCUCCUCUCCCCGACUCUUCUUCUCCCCCCGCCUCCCUCCCCCCGCCUCCCCCUGCGCCCGGCGAGCCUUCGAAGGCCCCGGCCGCCAUCCGCCGUCUCCCUCCUGGACCCGGCGGACGAGGAGGUGUACCACAUCACCAGCUCGGCCCAGAGCAGGUGGAGGGAGGAGGAGGGAGGACAGAGCUGGGGGAAGCCCGGCCGCAGUCACUCUCUCUCCCCUUACGCCUUGCCGUGCUCCCCCGCCUCCUCCUCCCCUCCCGCUCCCCCCCUCCCUCCUUCCUCCUCGAGGAGCGCGCUCAGUCUGCUCGGGGCAGGACUGAAGGACUGUGACUUCAGGAAAGGCUUGAGUGUCGACAACCAGGGCUUCCUGGACAAUCCGCCAUCACUGUCAGCAGGUCACUAUGACGACCAGCGGCGUCACUCCAUCGAGGUCUGCCUCCCACAGGCCGUCCUGACCAGCGACCACCAACACCUCCUGCAGGAGGCCCCGCGCCGGGACAGGAGCGGCCCCUCCUUCCCCGUGAGGGUGCAGUCGGUCGGGAGCAACCACAGGAAGAAGAAGAUGAGCCCCCCCUGCAUAUCCAUCCACCCGCCCCCAGAGAGGGAGCACCCCCAGAUCGCCUCACCCCCGAAACUGGCCGACUGCAGCAUGAUGCUGAGACGCAGGACGCCGUCCUACGACCUGACGCCGCACGCGCAGUCCAACACACACGCACAGGACACGUCUGCAGACGCACACACUCACUCCCCCAUGCUCACCCCCGUCCACGUCCCGGCUCAGUCCCACUCCCCGUCCUACACUCAGACGUCCACGCACAUCCCCAUCAGCCCCAACGUCUUCAUCCAGCCGCGUGCCCCUCUGGUCCCGAACGUCUUCACGCCAUCUCGCCCUCUGUCCCCCGCCACCAGGCGCUCCCCCCUCACUGGAGACUACAUCCCCCUCCCCCAGUUCACCUUCGACCAGCCGCAGUCCAGAUACAUGAGCGGGCUGUCGGCCGGGAUAUCAGACGCCGAGUCCUCGGCCACCUGCUCCUCCCCCUUCGACACCAGGCUGGGGGGGGGCGCAGGGUUCAGCGCAAAGAACCGGAGGACCGCCCAGUGAGCGUCUGGACUCAGGACGAGAGUUAUUUGGUCCUGAAUCUCCGACCUCCGCAGGGACGGUGCUGAGGGGAGGAGGACGUUGACGCUGGUGCAGACUCACCCCAGAAUAACAGACCUUAUAUCGGAUCUUAUUUUCUAAACCCGACCUGAAGGACGGCGGACGCGCUGAGGCUGGACCGGGCCGGCAGGACUCUGCACGCGGUGCGGUCGGGACUAGAACCAGUGACGACUGCACCGGGACUAAAGCCACUUAACUCCGUAGCCAAAGUUUUUUUUUUCACACACUGUCCUCACCCACGCGAGCCAAUCAGGAAGCAGCGUCUGGCUGAUGACCUCUGACCUUUUCAGGAGGGGGGGUUUGUGAAACGCGAGCGUGCGGUGGGGGGGGGAUCGUGGGAUAUGCAACUUCAGGGUUUCUACAGAAGUUCUGCUCGCCCCUCCUCUGCUCCUCGAUCACAUUGAUCGGAGCAGAAGUGUGUGUGUGAGCGAGCGUGUGUGCGUGCGUGUGUGUGUGUGUUUUCCUGUGUGUGUGUGUGUGUGUCGUCACAUCUGUCGUCAUGGAAGUCGGCCAUGCUGUUCUCACGCUCGCAGCGACAGAGAGGAGGGGGGGGGCAGGGCCGGGCUGUAGUGUUCGUUUUCUGUGUAUCUGUGCAGUGUAAAUAAAGGAAAAUACUGUAUUUGGUGAGAUUAAAAAUAGCUCCAUCCAUAUGCACAUAUUUUUAUAGAGAUUUAAAAUGUUUUUGCACACAGAUUUUAAAGUUCAAGUUGCUUGUUUUUCCUCCGUUGUCCUCCUGUGAAUGUACGUUUCUUGACGGAAGGCGUGAUGGGGAAGGAGCGGUGAGGCCGAGGAGAGCCAGAGAGUUUUUAUUUUUCUAUUUUGGAAAAGAGAAGGAAGAGAACGGGGGGAGGGAGGGAGGGAGGGAGGGAGGGAGGGAGGGUGGUGUGUUCCUGUAGCUUUGUCUCAGAUUUCUAUGUAUCUCAUGUCUUGAGAAGUGGGCUCAGUGAUGCAGACCCCCACAGACGCCUCCGCAGAAACAACUUUUAUAUUUGAAUUUGGCCGUUGUUACAGAGGUGGGGGUGUGGGGGUUUCCUUUAAUGAUGACUUUUCUCAGAUAAAUGACAGGAAGCAGAAUGGCUCUGUGGGCUGCUGAAAUAAAUGAAUUAUUAUUCAUUUAGAGAUAAAAAAUGAAUCAAAGUUUUAGCAUCACUGAGCCGCUCUUCUACUUGAAGCUGAUUUGUGUUUCUGUACAUCUAAAGACAACCAAACUAACUUACUAAAUAUGUGUAGCCAGAGUGCAAUAAUAAUAAUAAUAUUAAUAAUAUAUACUUGUGGAACAUAUAGUGACGUCCACGCGGCGUGAAGCAGCCACUCUCUUGUGUUCAUACAUACUGUAGACCUGCUCUAUGAUAGAAACCCAUUUUUAUACGAUGAUGAUGAGAUGAUUUGUAUCUCCAGUGUUCGUGCUGCCGUUGCUCCUUGUGGCCUGGGCGUGCAGUGGCGGCACGGGUGCGGCGUUAGGUACUGUAGAUUUCUCCAAAAAGCUCAGGCCCGCCCUGCCGACGGUGAAAUCAGACGCGCGAGUGACGUGCAUCUCUGCCGAGGACUCAAUAAGCCAUCGUCUCAUCCCAUGCCUUCCUCCCUCGCCGGCUUCAUCCAUUCCAUGUUUUCCUGCCAAGCCAUACUUCUACUCUGACACAGCACAAGUUCCCCCUCUCCCUUUGUUUUUUUGUGCACAGUCUGGUUUUGGCACAGGAAGGAGCAUGCUCUGAUUUUCAAAGGCAGCUGGCUGGGACGGCGUCUUUUACUUUUCCUGCAAUCGGCACGUGUCCUGCACAAGACCUCAGAGAUCUGAGUGCAAACCGAAGUGCUUUGAUGCUGUAACAUAAUCUUUAGAGGAUCCGUUAGCUUUUCAUAUUUGUGCAGAAUUAAAGAAAAUAAAUGAAGAUCUAUCCUGGUAGAUAUUGCCAACCAGAUUUAAAGUAUUUAUUACUAAGGGUGUUUGCAGGCUGGUGAAAAAAAAAUAAAAUAAUAAAAAGUCUGUUUAACCAGUUUUGCAGAAAUGUCCUCAGUCCUGUUUUUAUGGGAUCACGUUUUAAAACAGACAGUUUUCUAUUUAUUUUUCAGAUGUAUAAAUGAUCUUGGUACUUGCAGAGACCUUUGUAAACAGUGUCAGUUCAGAUUCUCAUCAUCAUCUCCUUCUCUGCUCUCAUCACAUUCUCCCGAGCAGCAUGCAUGCAGAGGGCAGAAUAAAAAACGAGAAAAAAAAAGAGCCUGCUCCGCGUCGGCCUCGUUCUGCCAAAGGUCAGCGACGCCUUUGACCCGAGUCACUUUUGGCUGCUUUAGAGGAAGUGAUGCAAAGUCCCAGAGGUAGACGGUUCCUUUUCUGUCUCGUGAAGCUGCCUCGUUCGUCUUCUUCCAGUUCCGGCGUCGGAUUCUGAACACGACGUGGUUCCUCGUUCCUCUGGUUCCAGACAUUUUUUUUAUAUAUAUAUAUAUAAAAUAUGUGCUCAAACACACUGAUGUUGUGCAUCUGCUUUGUCUUGCUUCUCAUCCUCUUCCUGCACAGAUUGUCAGUACUGGAGGUUUGAGGUAGUGUGAGGGAGGGGCCUGUCAGUCUGUUUGAUGACCCCUGAUCUAAAAAGCAUAUCGCCAUAUUAAUCAACACACUUUUGGUAGAGUGACUGCAUAAUUGUUCUUACAGAUCUCUGGAUCUCAGUAUUUAAAUCCUGUUUUUAAGGAAACAGUUUUGACUAUUGCAUGCUCUGAUUUAAGAAAAAGAAAAGACAAAAAAAGGACUUUUGGGAAAGAAUCAUCUGGACGUUUUGGAGAUUUUGAUAUUUGCAUUUUCAGAUGUUUCCAUUUGUAGUCUGACUUCCUACUUGCACUGGACUCUUCUUAAUUGGUAUCUGAUCAAAUACUGAUUAAAUGAACCCUAUUCUUUACUGUC